AUGCUUACACUUGCAAUUUCUGAUCUAUUUAUACCUGAAAGAUCAAUUGAUUUACCUCCAAAGUUCAAAAAACUAUUAUCACCAACAAACAACAUCCCAUCAAACAACAAAAUCCAAAAUGUAAUCUGCCUUGGGAAUAUUAUAAAUUCACAAACUACCUUAUCUUGGUUAUCUAACAUAUCACCAACUUUUAAAAUAGUUAGAGGAGAAUAUGAUGAUGAGACUCUAAUUAAACAACAAUUAGAUAUUAAAGACGUGCCUAUUUAUGGUAAAUUCCAACACGAUAAUUUGAAAAUUGGAUAUACUAAUGGGUUUCAAAUUGUUCCUAAAGAUGAUCCAUUGGCACUAAGUUCAUUUGCAAGAGAAUUAGAUGUUGAUAUUUUAAUAUGGGGUGGGACUCAUAAAGUAGAAGCAUAUACUUUAGAUGGUAAAUUUUUUAUAAAUCCAGGAAGUGCCACUGGUGCUUUUAAUUUCGACUGGCCAGAGGAGGAAGAUGAGGAUGAGGAUGCGGAGGAUGCGCAAGAUGAAAAAGAUGAAAAGAAGGAAAAGAAGGAAGAGACAGAUGAUAAGGAGAUCAAUAAAUUGUACGAAAUAGAAGAAUCUAAUACAAACAUUCCUUCAUUUUGUUUAUUAGAUACUCAAGGAUCAACCUGUACCCUUUAUAUAUAUACAUAUCUUCAAAACGAAGUUAAAGUAGAUAAAAUUACAUAUACAAAAUCAUGA